ACGAAAAUGGAAUGUGAUUGGGAAACCUGCGACUGAGAACAAAUAGAAGUGAGCGCAGCAGAUCCAGACCUCAGAAACGCAUUUCCGGCGUUAGGCCUGACCCGACUCCAUGAUCGGAGGUUCCAAAGUCCCAACCGGCAGUGCCGUCUGCAAAUCAAAAUAGGAAAAAAACAACCGGCGGAGAGAAAGUGAGGGAAUCACAAUGAGAGGAAGAGAAAGACGGCGGAUUCUGGUGGGACUGGCGGUGGCUAUGGUGUUCGGAUUUGCAGUUUACUUGCGUCUUUGGACCAUCGAUUACACCAUCUCCUCCAACGAAGCCGAAUUGAUAAGGAGAGAGUUUGAGAUUGCCAAUCGGGAGGCAAUAGAUGAAUCUGCGGAGUGGAGGCUCAGGUACGAUAUGGAGGCAGAGACGGCGAAAAAGUGUGCCAAUGAAUUAGAAGAGGUAAAGGGGUCUAUUGGGAAGGUGGAGGCUUCCACUGACUUCAGUCGGAAACUAGAAGUCUUAGAAAAGGAAAAUGAGGCAUUACAGAAGCAGGUGGAAACACUAAAACAGGAGCUGGAGUCUGUGAAAUUGAAAUGCCUCUAAUAACAGAUAAAGCAGUGGCUAACAGUUUGAUAUUAGAUGGAGCACAACCUUAGGCAUAGUCUUACAGUUUUUUCCAAGGGAAGCUGCAGCUUGCACUUGUUUAUUUACAUAGACAAUGGACUUUUCAGGUGUUCUCUAGGAGGUAGGAAAAAGGAGAUAUAUACAGUUUAAAAAUUAUACAGAAACGCUUGUCCGUUCAUGUUCUUAUAUAGAAUUAUGAAAGAAGAGGUUGCAGGUGGAAGAGAAAAAUAUAGGAAUAUCUCAGUUGAUUGGAAGCCAUUGUGCAUUUGUACUUUGACAGUUUAUAACAAAUUUAUGGAUCAUUU